CAGGCAGAUAUUCACGUGAAGCUUCGUUCUCCGUCCUUCCUUCCGUCCCUUCGAUACUACAUAAUAUACAUCCACACCCAGAAUUAGACGCAGAAUCCUUUUUUGCAGAUACCUGUGGAUAGAUCUUGCUCGAUCGGCAGUCUGGAGUGUGCAAGUCAGAAUCAGGUCUGUCUCUCUCUAGAGUGUCGGCUUGGUAACUCAGCUGGGUUUUGUGACAUAGUGGACUUGGUGCUGUUGUCUCGCUGCAAGUCGACAGUUACGGGAGUCAAGCAGCCGUAAGCUUCAGUUGGAAGCCAGUGCGGAAGAGUUCCGAGGGAGCUGAGGAUGAGAGGUGAUGGGAUUGUGUGUGAUGAAGGACCAGAUUUGGAGCCGCUAUCGUCUGUGUGGAGCUGAGCAGGUGCACAACUGGAGCUGGAGUAGAGAGAGGGAGCAGAGGUGCCGUUGUGCAGAGGACCUCGAAGCGGUUAUUUUUGUGUGUCUAAGUAUUCCAAAGAACAGGAAGAAGCCUGUCGUGGAUAGUCUGUGGUGAGAUAGAGAGUUUCCCCAGGAGGUUGAGGAUUGUUUGUAGCGGCAUUGAGUCCAGGGAGUGAAUCGAGCUACUUCGGGGCUGUUAAGGAAGGCGAGGCCUUCGCGCUGAGGUGAGCACCUUAGGACUCUUCUGGUGAGAUUCAUGUGCAGCGUGCACGCACGAUGAGAGGUGUGAUAGGAGUGAUGGGGAUGCAGAGAGCUGGGGGCUUACUAGGAGUGCAUGGCGAUAGUAUGAAUGAUACCAACUCGGAAUCCAGAGCUCAAGCCGGACGUAUUUUGACGCCGCAGCGCGAGUAUCCCAUUUUCACUCCAAGCAUUCGUGAGUCACUCGUGCUUCCAGGCAAUGUAGACCAGAGUCGCGCGAGCUUCCAAGACGAGGGCCAAGGAAUUUGGAAAGAGAUCCACACUGAUACGCAGAGCACGAGUGGACAUAGCAGCCGCUCGCUCUCCUUCAAUACGAGCCUCACUCUCACGCCUUCUGUGAGCGCUAUCAGUCUGGAGCAGCCCACCUUCCUCAAGCCCCGCACCCGCGCCACCAGUCCUGGAUCCCAGUACAUGGACGCUCCCGCAGCGAUGGUAAGUUCGAGCACGGGAACUAUGCUUCCGUUGGGGCGGGUCGCCAUGAAUCAAGGAAACAAUUUCUACGUUCCUGUGCCAAGCAAUGCAGCCCAGCGGAACAAUAUCAUUCCCGGAAGAACGGCGAGCCCAGUCACGAGAGCGGCCAUUUCUCACUCCCCACAAAACUUCAACAUCCUCAGUCCGCAACUCAGACCGUUGGAGAAAAGUCCCAAGCUCACGCAGCUGCACGUUGCCAGCCCGUGUGUCACAGAAAGUGGAGGGAUGACGCCCAUAGUUAACCACCUAACUCUGAGUCCGGAACACACGCGACCUGGGUAUGAUGUGAAUCUGAAUGACCCGCGCAUGUCGUCCAACAACAUGCUGCCUCCGGCGUCGGUGGGAGCAAGCACAAUGACGAGUCCUGCGCAUGGCUCCUUGGGCUCGACGACGAGGUUGAAGAAGAUCAUGAAAUCACGGCAUGUUGAGCAGUCCCCUCGCCCGUCGGUGUCCAAGGACAGGUCCCCGGGACGGACGUGGAGGAAAUCCUCCCGAGCAGUAUCACCCAACUUGGCUAGUAUCAGAGACGAGGCACAGAAUGCAACUAGAAGCAUCAACCGGGAGAUGAACAAGUCGUUUCAGGGUAACGCAGUGUGGACAAACUCAGGAUGUGUGAAUUCAUCGUCCCUAACCAGUUGGCGAGGUAGUGGUCAUGACAGCAGUCAACUUGUUGUUUCUUCAGGAGCCGUCGACAGGGACAUGUCUCAAGAUUCUUCAAUAGGGUAUGAACCCCCAGAAUUGCCGCAGAAAGUCGGGGGCAAAAAGGUUGCAUCAACGCAGAAAUCGGGGACUUAUAACAUAUUCAACUUCCUCAGUUGGGGCAAGAAAAAGAGCGGAGCGUCAGCUGCUGCGAUUAAAUUGAAUGAAUCCUUCCAAUCUGACAUGGGAAGUGUGAAAGCAGAUUCCGAUUCGAUAAAGGUUUUAGACUACACCAUCAAGACGUUGCGGCACAAGCUAGAGCUGGCGAAUCAGAAGAACGUUGCAGCAGCUGAAGAGAUCCGCGCCUUGCAAGCUGCUGCAGAAGUUUCUGAUGAGAAAUGCAGAUUGUUGACGCAACGGUGCCAGGAUUUGGAGCUCCAGCUGAGUGCUCGACAUAGCGGCCUCUGGGAUAUGGAACUUGCGGCUGAGGAUUACCUUGUUGGAAGGAGGGAGCAUAAUCCCCCAGCGGCUGGACCGCCAGCUAUUGCCCGCCGGUUUUCUCCGGAGGAACUGAGACCCGAGAAGUUCUUAAAGGCGUUCGAGGAUUCGAAGAACGCGCUUCGGAGGCUAGCGUCCGCAAUAUGCCACCACAUUCGGGAGUCAGGGGAGUCGGCGACGCAAGUGAUCACUUCUCUCUUAGAGCAGCACAAAGUUGGACGAUGGGUCAGUCGGAUGCCACGGAACGUCAUCAUCCUCUACUUUGAGUCUUUUCUCAACCAGGUUAUGUUCGAAAGCUUUGAGAAUGUGAGCUUCGAGCCCAAUGGCGCUUCCUCCGUGUUCGACCCCGAGACUUUGAAACAAACCUGCUAUCAAUCGUACCAGAACCUGAAAAACCAGGAAUGGUCCACUAUAGAGAAAUCCCUCGGCAAACCUGGCGCUCUAGUGGUGAAUGCAAAUUUUCACCGAUUCUUCGUGGUGCGAAUGGAGCUCAUCCUGUCGCAGCUUGGAAAACUGGCAGAGAGUGAGAUCUCCCUGAGUCUCAUGGCGUCCUUCUUCAACGCAGUCAAAUCAGUGUGGCUUGUGCACCACCUGGCAUUCGCAUUCGAUCAACCAGUUUCAAUCUUCCGAGUCUCGCCCUCCGCCGAGUUCGACCCCAGAUUCAUGGACCAAGUCCCUGCCUUCGAGGAGGAGCCUGUUCGAUCGAAGAUCAGCAUCAUGGUGAAUCCAGGCUUCAUUGUCAAUCGUCAGACUAUCAAGUGCCAGGUGUAUUGUAGUAGUAAAUAUUAAUACCUGAUUCUUUCCUCGGCCUCAGACGUUGGGACCGGGCCCUUCUUAUUUAAAAUGACACUGUAGGGAACGAGUUUGAUUUGUCUUGUUCUAUUGUGCAAUUUUUCGUUCACUUUUUACAUCACCUGUGUAACAUAAACUCAAGCUCUGGCAUCAAGAAACGCCUGGCAAUAAUGUUAAGGCUGGAAGCCGCAUGUCGCUUACUGUAAUUUCCACUCA